AUGGGUCCUCAAUUGAAGAUGUUUGCUGGGCCCCAGAUGGCCUUUCUCCGGCCUACAUGUCUAUCGACACCCUUUGCAGCUCUGCCAUUCGCACGAUGCUUCUCGACAACCACACCGGCUCUUGACUGGCUGACGCCAAAGUUUAUGGAAAAGUCCAAGUCUCCGAAAGGUCGUCCACAUGUUGCUACCGGCGGAUCUUCUCGGGGUACGACUGUUGUCUGGGGUGACUAUGGUUUGCGGAUGAAGGAUCACGACCGCCGACUCCCGGCGGCUUCGCUCAAGCUUGCCGAGGAGACAAUCAAGAGACGGCUGAGGGGUAUGAACUAUUCGUUGUACAAGCGGGUCAGUGCCAACAUUGGUGUCUACACCAAGGGUAAUGAACAACGUAUGGGUAAGGGUAAGGGAAAGUUCGACUACUGGACUGCAAGAGUGCCAGUAAGCAGAAUUGUUUUUGAGCUCAAGGGUGAUCUGCAUGAGAAGAUUGCGAGGGAAGCUUUCCGCUUGGCGGGUCACAAAUUGCCUGGUCUCUGGGAAUUUGUCAAGAAGGGCGACCCUCCUGUCGUCGGCCUGACAAAGCUCGGCAAUGGUGUUACUCUUGAAAGCCUCAAGCGACCACGAAGAAGUCCAGCCCUCGGAUCAAAUGAUAUGGCCACACCACCCUCCUCCACCUCCUCCAGCCCCUCCGCUUCUCAAUAA